AUGGAAGCUAUCGCCGCCGCGAGUAGUGUGGCAGGAAUACUCAGUCUACUGGGCCAAAGUAUCGAUGGUGUCUCGAAACUCAGAGGGUUCUUCUUGAAUGUCUCGUGUGCUUCCAGACACGUCAGUCUUUUUCUCUACGACAUCAAUUGCCUCCUGGAAGCCCUUCAUGCUGCCAAACAGCUUGUCGACAGGCUACCUGAGGGCUUCAAGGACUCACAUAUUACUGCCCUACAGAUACAGCUUGACUUUUGCACCAAGGAUGUUCAUCGGUUGCUCGAAAGCGCGAGUUCCCUUCGCCCGGCUUCAGAGAUUGGGGCAAAGGCCUGGAUGAAGAAGUUUUGGAAUGCUGUUAAUAAAGAUGUUUUAAGCAACGCACGCGAAGAACUCGAAAGACACAGACAAGCCAUUGAGCUUAGCCUGACAGUCCUAGGAAGGACGCUCGACAUUUCUGCAGCAGUAAACAUCAAGAAACUUGACAGUAAAAUUGAUACAGGUACUGCGGCGUCACUGUCCAAGAUCGAGGAGCAGAAUGUUGUCCUCGAGAGGAUCGAGUCACAUACGAAAAGCAGAGUGCAAAGUUCUGCAGACAGUGUGCAGAGUUUACGGAGUAUAGCAAGUUCGCUAUCAAGGAUGGAAGCUUUGGCCGCCUCAGCCGCUAGUACUUCGAUAUCACAAAGAUCGAAUGACUUGAAAGAACCAAAAUCCAAUCAACGGUCUAGACGCCGGGCAACCGGGGAUUUUGUCCCAACAUAUCAACGAGGCUCCCCCAGGACGUCAUGGAGGCGCUCAUCGGCCAGCGCACAAAGCUUGCCGGCUGUUCCAACCAUCCCGGAGACAUAUUCUCACCUGUUUGAAGACCUGCCGGAAUCUAAAGGCUGA